CGUUGCUAGGAUACAGCAAACCGCAGCACCAUAGUAUCUAGUCUGCGUUUUCUCCGUUAGGUCAGUGUUCUCCAGGGUUUAAUCGCUGACCGGUGGAAUGGAGAUCGUUCACGUGUACACGAAGCUCCGCAGUGAGUUUGGCCGUCAGUGUCUCUUCUCUGACCGCCCUGCUGAGCUGCUGGUGGACGUUCCAACGGACCAGAGUCUGGCUCCACAGUUCAUCCAGAAAACCCUCCGAGACCAAGGCCUACAGGCCUGCCGGGACAUGUCAGAGCACCAGGUGAACACAGAGCGCUUUGAGUCCGACAGCUGUGGUCUGAACCAUGAGGAGGGGGGGUGGCCCAAAGACGUGAACCCUCAGGAGAUGGAACAGACCAUCCGCUUUAGGAAAAAGGUGGAGAAAGACGAGAGCUACAUCAACAGCAUCCUGCAGCUGGGCAGCGUCAUGGAGCACUGCAUCAGACAGAACAAUGCAGUGGACAUCUACCAGGACUACUUUGAGGACGAGGAGGAGGUGGAGGAACAUCAGGAACCGCCGUCUGCCAAGACUAUCAACGUCUUCAGAGAUCCGAACGAGGUGAAGCGUACCGUCACCGGUCUGUCGUGGCAUCCUGACGGUGGCAGGAAGCUGGCGGUCGCCUACUCCUGCCUUGAGUUUCAGAAAACCUCCAAAGACAUGAGUCUGGACUCCUACAUCUGGGACAUCGAGAACCCUAACAGACCGGAGAUGACUCUGAAGCCGGCGUCUCCACUUGUAUGUCUGGAGUACAACCCCAAAGACUGCCACACUCUGGUGGGAGGCAGCUACAACGGACAGAUCGCAUACUGGGACACCCGGAGAGGCAGUCAGCCGGUGGAGAUUUCCUCUGUGGAACACAGUCACAGAGACCCGGUCUACAAGAUCAUCUGGCUGCAGUCCAAGACUGGGACAGACACUUUCUCUGCAUCCACUGAUGGACAGGUUCUCUGGUGGGACGUCCGCAAGUUGAGCGAGCCCACAGAGCGUCUGGUUCUGGAUCCGAGCAGGGAGGGAAACUUGGACCGAGCUUUAGGAGCCAUCUCUCUGGAUUUUGAGUCUACCAUGCCUACUAAGUUCAUGGUGGGGACGGAACAGGGUGUAGUGGUUUCCUGUAACAGGAAGGCAAAGACUCCAGCAGAGAAGAUUGUCUCUACGUAUGAAGGACACCUGGGACCCGUCUACGCUCUGCAGAGGAAUCCUUUCUUCCCCAAGAACUUCCUCACUGUCGGAGACUGGACGGCCCGCAUCUGGUCUGAGGACAUCAAGGAGUCCUCCAUCAUGUGGACCAGAUACCAGAUGUCGUAUCUGACGGACGCCUGCUGGAGUCCUGUCCGUCCCUCGGUCUUCUUCACCGUGAAGAUGGACGGCAUGUUGGACGUCUGGGACAUCUUGUUCAAACAGAAUGACCCCACGCUGAGUCUCAAGGUGUGUGACGAGGCGCUGUACAGCCUCCGUCUCCAGGACAACGGGCGGUUGGUGGCGUGCGGCUCUCAGCAGGGCGGAGCUUCGCUGCUGGAGAUCUGCUCCGGACUGUCGACCCUCCAGAAGAACGAGAAGAGUCUUCUGGCCGCUAUGUUUGAGCGAGAGACGAAGAGAGAGAAGAUCCUGGAGGCCCGGCAGAGAGAGAUCCGUCUGAAGGAGAGGAGCCGGUCCGAGCAGAGCCGGGAGGAGGACGGAGGUCCGGAGGACGGAGACCAGAGUCCACAUCAGCUGAUGGCCAGAGCCGAGGAGGACUUCUACGUCGUCACGGAGACGGAGAGGAAGAGGAGGAGGGAGAGGGAAGACCAGGACCAGAACCAGGACCAGAGACAGGACCAGAGACAGGACCAGGACCAGGACCAGGACCAGGACCAGGACCAGGACCAAAUGUCCAAAACACGAUCAAAGAGCACCGAGAGCCUGCGGGACAACCGGAGGGACAACCGGGACAACCGGAGGGACAACCGGAGGGACAACCGGAGCCUGCGGGCGGCGAUCGCCGAGCAGCUGUCCUUGGCCGCGGAGGAGAUCUACCGGCUAGCGGCUUCCAGAGAACCGGGAGAGAGAGAGACCCAGCCGGUAUGUGAGUACCUGAGCACCGUGUUCAGGUCCACCAGGGACCCGGUGUUCAGGUCCACCAGGGACCCGGUGUUCAGGUCCACCAGGGACCCGGUGUUCAGGUCCACCAGGGACCCGGUGUUCAGGUCCACCAGGGACCCGGUGUUCAGGUCCACCAGGGACCCGGUGUUCAGGUCCACCAGGGACCCGGUGUUCAGGUCCACCAGGGACCCGGUGUUCAGGUCCACCAGGGACCCGGUGUUCAGGUCCACCAGGGACCCGGUGUUCAGGUCCACCAGGGACCCAGGGGUGUUCAGGUCCACCAGGGACCGGGACCACCAGGGACCCGGUGUUCAGGUCCACCAGGGACCCGGUGUUCAGGUCCACCAGGGACCCGGUGUUCCACCAGGGAGGUCCACCAGGGACCCGGUGUUCAGGGAGGUCCACCAGGGACCCCAGGUCCACCAGGGACCCGGUGUUUCCACCAGGGACCCGGUGUUCAGGUCCACCAGGGACCCGGUGUUCAGGACCACCAGGGACCCGGUGUUCAGGUCCACCAGGGACCCGGUCCACCAGGGACCCGGUGUUCAGGUCCACCAGGGAGGUCCACCAGGGACCCGGUGUUCAGGUCCACCAGGGACCCGGGUUCAGGUCCACCAGGGACCCGGUGUUCAGGUCCACCAGGGACCCGGUGUUCAGGUCCACCAGGGACCCGGUGUUCAGGUCCACCAGGGACCCGGUGUUCAGGUCCACCAGGGACCCGGUGUCCACCAGGGACCCGGUCAGGUCCACCAGGGACCCACCAGGGACCCGGUGUUCAGGUCCACCAGGGACCCGGUCCACCAGGGACCCGGUGUUCAGGUCCACCAGGGACCCGGUGUUCAGGGACCCGGUGUUCAGGUCCACCAGGGACCCGGUGUUCAGGUCCACCAGGGACCCGGUGUUCAGGUCCACCAGGGACCCGGACCACCAGGGACCCGGUGUUCAGGUCCACCAGGGACCCGGUGUUCAGGUCCACCAGGGACCCGGUGUUCAGGUCCACCAGGGACCUGGUCCACCAGGGACCCGGUGUUCAGGUCCACCAGGGACCCGGUGUUCAGGUCCACCAGGGACCCGGACCACCAGGGACCCGGUGCACUGGUGGCGCAGCUGUUCUGUGAGACCCUUUGUUUAGUUUUUAAUCUGAGGGAGGAACAUCUUAGUCCUUCUGUAACAAACCAAACAGAACUAGAACCGUAUAACAGAAGACUAGAACAGUAG